AUCCUAAAUAAAUGUAAAUAUUUGUUUCCUGGUAGUGGUUGCCUGAAAGAAAUUGUUCUAGAGCAAUAAGGCCGCCCAUAUUGUACUGUAUUCCUGAUUGUUAAAAUUUCGCUCUGUGCAAUUAAGUAGAUUUGAUUUCAUUUGAAAAGCUUAACAACGCCAUCUUAAUAAGCACAUCAAGCUUAAUAUCGUGUCUUUGGGGAACGCCGAUUGGUUGGGCCCCUCAUUGAACUCACGAUCUGGGGGUCGCUCACGAUAUGGACCUUUUUUUGACGUGACUAUUGUAGAUUUGCCACAGAUGGCAUUAACUACUUGGCCGGACCACAGAGGCACAAGUUAAAGACACCUAAUCAUCUGUCACCGCUUUAAUUAAUGAAAAUCUAUGACGAAUCCAGAAUAAUGGGUAUCGAAUUGGUUUUGACGUUAUCUGUCGGAAUUCGUUCCUAAUUCGUUAUUCUCAGAUAUGUUUUCCGCUAUCACAGUAACUGUACUUUUUCUUGCCGUUGGCCGCUGUCAAAAUGAAGAAGGGCAGAUACCAGUGCGUGUAGUGGGAAAUAAUGAAACCUCUACGACACAAGAAGAUCGAGAAGCUUCUAAAGACGAAGUGCCAUUAUUUAGCAACAUUACCUACAUCACUAUUGGUGAUAGAAACCAACCUAAAGUCAAAACUGGUACCGCUACCGAAAAUAAUGAAGAUCAAAAUGAAGAUUUGACUUUCUCUGAAAGUACUGAAGACCCCGAGGAUAUCGAUACAGAAGAACCUAUAAGAAGCACUCCAACAACAGGAAAUGUUCAAGAAACGAAAACUGCAACUGAAAAAGCCCUCAAAGAAUUCAGUAAGAGCGUUUCCAAAAAUCCUGAUAUUCAAAUUGUAGAGAAGGAUAUAUAUGUAGGCAACGAAACGGGCUUUAACGCAAGUCAUAAUUUGGAAAUACAGGCACAAAAUGUGCACCCUAUUACUAUUGGUCUUGAGAAGAAUGACACUGAUGGUCCGUUCACUCUAAACGUUGCAGUGCCAAAGGACAUAAGAAAUGCUAACAUAGUCAUCCAAAUACCACUCAACGUUAACGUAAAAGCAUCAGACAGAACAGUUGACAACAAGUCUGGAAUCAAAGUAAAAAUUGACGAAACGCCAAAAUAUAAAGAGGACUUUUCCGUGGAUUCUGUCAAUAGUGGAAAAGAUGAUGAUUAUGAGUCUAGAGAACCUUCAUCGAAAGUCCUCACUGGAUCAGUCUUGCAUGGUAAACAAAAACUUACAGACGCUCAAUUAGCAAAAAUUAUAAAGGAGAAAAUAAAGAAAUCGAGAGCAGCCGAUAAGUUGGAUAAAUUACGUUUGCAAGAAGCUAAGGGUCUGAAUGAACCAAAGAAGCGACCAGAAACGUUGUUUUUCAAAAUCCAAUAAAGAUUGCAGUUAGUUUUAAAUUGGUCUUUUUUAUUUUUAAAGCAUCUCGCUGGUAUUUAUUAGAGAUUGCUACCUUAGCAAUAAGGCCGCCUGUUGUACUACCAAUUUAAUUAUAAUACUAAUGUAUUUUUAAUGUGAUUCAAGUGCAAUGAAGAGUUUUUGUAUUGUAUUGUAUUCAACCCGUUUGACGUGUGCUGUCAACUUAAUUCUGUCGGGUUAUUGGCUAAUGUAAAAUUUUAGAGGGUUUGAAACGGAAAUCUUUUGCUACCUUAUAAGGCAAGGUAGGUAAAAUGGAAAGGUGUUGUUUCAGAAAUUUAUAAAUUGUUGUUUCCGAAAUGCUUCGUUACAGGUUGUUCUAGAUUUCUGCCUAAAAUUGACGUGUGUUCCAUAUAGGAGAAUGGGCGAAACUGGUCCAAGAACCUCCACUGAAAGCUUAUACUUUCCGUAUGAUUCUGGGAAUGUUCUAUCAAAUUCUAUCUCAGAGUUCUUUUUCUACGGCCGUGUUUAUCCUGACCAUGAUUCUGAAUUAAUAUCAAGUGGAAUUUCCUGUACGAAAAUUCAUGAAAAUGUUUGUGUUUUUUUUUUUAAUUUAUAUUCCGUUCCGUACUUUUGCGACGGAAAAUUUCACUUGAUAUCAACUCAGAAUCAUGGCCUGAGUCAUCCCUCAAAGUUUUCGUUACGAUGUCACUAACAACCUGU